AUGUUAUCUAACACUACCGCCAUUGCGGAAGCCUGGAGAAGAAUUGACAGAAAGUUCGACUUGAUGUACUCCAAGAGAGCGUUCGUCCACUGGUACGUUGGUGAAGGUAUGGAAGAAGGUGAAUUCACAGAAGCCAGAGAAGAUUUGGCUGCUUUAGAAAGAGAUUACAUUGAAGUAGGUACCGAUUCUUAUCCUGAAGAAGAAGAAGAAUACUAA